CAAAAACUACGAUGAAAAAAUGGGAGCCAAGUUUCAUCAUUCAGAGUGACAACCACGCAAAUUAAACUUGCCUCUCAAUUUUAUAUAAAUGUUUUACUUUAAUUGAUAUACCUAUUAACCUCAAUUUUUUUUUUCUUUUCAUUCGUUUUAUAAUGAAAGAUGAUGAUCAGAUUUACGUUGGUUUUUGGUAAGGGAUAUUUUACUGUGAAAUAUUUAAAUGUAUUAACUUCUCGUGCUAUGAAAACUCUAAAUAUUUCCAAAGCAUCUGAUCCAAAUUCUUCAAAUAACCCACAAACACCAUGUGGGUUCAGUAAAGUACACGUGCGGGACUACGCAACAUCGAAGGAGAAAAGAGGUUGCUUCUGCCCACCCCAUAGAGGGCAAAUUUCUGAUGUUCGCUGCACCACUAAAAGUUGUCGUGACAGGUGCGGCUGGUCAAAUUGGCUAUUCUCUACUGUAUCAAGUCGCCUCGGGUGCCGUUUUCGGCCCUGAACAGCCUGUCUACCUUAAACUUCUUGAUAUCGCCCCAAUGAUGGGUGUUCUAAAAGGAGUAGUGAUGGAACUAAAUGACUGUGCGAUACCUCUUCUUGCUGGGGUUCAGCCCACUGCCAACCCAGAGGAAGCUUUUAAAGAUGCUGCCGUAGCUUUCCUCGUGGGAGCCAUGCCCAGGAAACAAGGUAUGGAGAGAAAGGACCUUCUCAAGGCCAAUGUAAACAUUUUUAAAGCACAAGGGCAAGCAAUUGAUAAAGUGGCAAGCAAAAAUAUUAAAGUUGUCGUUGUUGGCAACCCUGUUAAUACAAAUGCAUUUAUCUGCAGCACAUAUGCACCAUCUAUCCCCAAAGAAAAUUUUACAGCAUUGACUCGUUUAGAUCAGAACCGAGCUCUGCAUCAUUUGGCAGCUAAAAUGGAAGUACCUGUACACACUAUCAAGAAUGUCAUCGUUUGGGGUAACCAUUCCACCACUAUGUUCCCUGAUGCUAGCAAUGCGGUGGUCACGAUCGCCGGUAGAGGGCAACCUGUACCAGAAGUUAUUAAAGACAAUAAGUACUUGCAGACCAAAUUCGUUAGCACUAUUGCAAAACGUGGAGCUGCCGUGAUUAAUGCCAGAAAAUUGUCAUCAGCCAUGUCUGCUGCUAAGGCAACUUCUGAUCACAUGAGAGACUGGCAUAUGGGCUCUGACGACGAAUGGGUGAGCAUGGCUGUGAUGUCUGAUGGAUCUUACGGCACACCUCGUGAUAUUAUCUUCUCAUUCCCUGUUAUUACAAGCAACGGUAGCUGGAAGAUUGUUAAGGGUUUAACCAUCAGCGAUUAUGCUCGCAAAAUGUUAGACAGAACGGCCGAUGAACUUAUAAAAGAAAAAAAGGAGGCAUUGGAACACUGCAAGUCAAAAUCGUAGUGUAUUUUUAGUUGAUAAUAAUUUAAUUAGUAAAUGGAAUGAUUGCAGUUCUUGUAAUUGCAACACUUGUUUCAGUGUAAGAAUGCCAUUAUCCCCAUGGUGGUACGUGGUACCUGUUAUGAAUAUGCUAGUUUCUUUAUAAUUAUUCUUUAGACAUAUACUUCCAAAUGUUACUGCACCACUGUUUUAAUGGACGUCUUCCGAUAUACAUACAUAUUUAAUCAUGGGCAUACCAUUGUUAUUUUCUUUUGGUUCAUAUUAUUUUUGAUAUCUGGGCGUCAAGCAUUAUUGUUUUUUAUAUAUUUUUUAAAUAAUAUAUUUAUAAGGUGUUGAUAAUUGUUCUCACUUUCACA